AUGGAUUAUCUUACAACAUUGCCUGUGGAAUUAAUUCACAAAAUUCUGGACGAUGUUCCAACAGUUGAUAUUCUCUUAUCCGUAUUCUUGGUCAACAAACGACUUCGUUCUGUUUCUAUGGUUUAUCCUCGAUUUCAACUAAACUUUGCAUGUUCGGUCACAUCGAUUAACAAGAAUCAAUUUGAUUGUAUUUGUAGUCAAUUGCUUAAUUUAACUUCUCAAAUUGUAUCAUUAACACUUUUUGAUAAAGAUGAUCCAAUGACACCAAUAAAAAAUAAUCUUUUUCUUUCACGAUUCAGCAACAUUAAUAUAAUGUUUUCAAAUAUUCGUUCAUUAACUUUGACAUAUAUUGAUUUUGAUACAUUAUAUUCAUUUAAAACUCGACUUUCAUUAUCCAUCGUAACAUUAUCUAUUCAUUUGGUACAUAAUCAGAAAUUUCUGGAUUUAUUAGGAACAUCUUGUGUUCUAUAUGAAGUAAUCUUCUUUUCACCAUCACUUAAACAACUUUCGCUUAAAAUGAGUAACUAUUCAAAUGAUUUGGUUACAAUUUAUCAUCAAACUCCAACAAUUUUAUCAUCUAUUCAAUAUUUACACAUAGAAGGUAUUACAAUUGAUUUAUCAAGUUUACUUAUUAUUGUACCUAUGCUUCAUACACUUGAAGUUAGUUUUCAUGAUUCCAACAUAUUAUACAAUACAAUUCAUGAUCAACCAUUAUAUUUACAACGAUUACGUAUUGAACUAUAUGCUCUUACUUGGGUGACGACGGUAAUUAUACUUUCAUCAUUUUCACGAUUAGACUAUUUAACAGUAAUUGCUGAUGAUUUAAAUAAUGAUAUGGCUAAUGGUAGUGCUUGGGCAGAAUUAUUACAAGAAGUCAAACAUUUCGAAUGUAAACUUCAUUUCUAUUGGCGUGCUUUUACCAGUACACCAAUUAAUCUCGAUUCAUUUCGUACGAAAUUCUGGCUUGAAGAAAAAAAAUGGUUUAUUUCUUACGGUCAAUAUUUAGAUACGGCUUCUUCAAUACUUUAUACGAAUUCUUUUUCUUCAAUUGAUUAUCCAUCAAAUGAAAUGAUUGGAAUUUUAUUAUCAGAAUCAACCAUAUUAGAAUCAAUAUCAUUGUCUCAUGCUCAAUGUUUUACGCUUAAUUAUCAAUAUAUAAAAUCUGCAUUCUUACAUCGAUAUAUUCAACUUAAACAAUUAAAUGAACUACUAGUUGAUAUUAUGCCUCCAAUGGCUUUUAAAAAUAUUAAUUUGUAUCUUGACGCAUCUCGAAUUGUUAAAUAUUAUUCUAUUACUGAAUGUAGCGCAGAAUCACCUUCUGAUGUUAUAAAAUUUCUACAAAAUUUACCUAAUUUACGUGCACUUAGUGUAUCUGGUCCUGUACUCAAUUAUCUUGUCUUUCAUCCAUGGCCUAAUAUUGUUUAUUUAAGAAUUGAAAAUGAUUUUGAUAAUAGUCUUGGUAUAUUAUGUUCGGAUAUGAUUGAUGCAAUAUGUUCUUCGUUUACUCAUCUUGAAAUACUUGAUUUUCAUUUGACAUGUGCCGAUGAUCUACGACCAAUUUUUAAUAGAAUAAUUAACACGACUAUAAUUCAUAUACUUAUUCGACAACCAUUUGGUAUUAUUCACAAUAAACGAUUUGUUUCAUGUGAAUGGAUCAAACGUAAUACAGAACUGAAAAAUUUUUAUUAUGAAUGUGAUGUAGAAAAUUCUGUUAGUUUAUGGCUUUAA